AUGUCAGGAUCCAAAGUCUACGUCGGAAACCUCUCGUGGAGUACCGACGACAUGAGCCUCAGAACAGCCUUCGAAGCAUAUGGCUUGGUCGUCGACUCGAUAGUCAUGAAAGACCGCGACACUAAUCGGAGCCGCGGAUUCGGAUUCGUCACCUUCAGCACCACAGAGGAAGCCGAGGCUGCAAUUGCCGGUUUGGAUCAGCAGGAAAAUAUCCGAGUCAACAUGGCCAACGCCCGUCCCAGUGGUGGUGGUCGCGCCUUUGGCGGUGGCGGCUACAGCGGCGGCGGUGGCGGCGGCUACAGCCAGGGUGGCUACUAG